UAUUGAGUUUGACCGAGACUGUGACUACUUUGCCAUCGCUGGAGUGACGAAGAAGAUUAAAGUCUACGAGUAUGGUACAGUCAUUCAGGAUGCAGUGGACAUUCACUACCCUGAGAAUGAAAUGACCUGUAAUUCCAAAAUCAGCUGUAUCAGCUGGAGUAGUUACCACAAGAACCUGCUAGCCAGCAGUGACUAUGAAGGCACCGUCAUCCUUUGGGAUGGAUUCACAGGACAGAGAUCCAAGGUCUACCAGGAGCAUGAGAAAAGGUGCUGGAGUGUUGACUUCAACUUGAUGGACCCAAAGCUAUUGGCUUCAGGCUCCGAUGAUGCCAAAGUGAAGCUGUGGUCUACCAACUUGGACAACUCGGUAGCAAGCAUCGAAGCCAAGGCUAACGUGUGUUGUGUCAAAUUCAGCCCCUCUUCUAGGUAUCACCUAGCUUUUGGCUGUGCAGAUCACUGUGUUCACUACUACGAUCUCCGCAACACUAAGCAGCCAAUCAUGGUGUUCAAAGGGCAUCGCAAAGCAGUCUCCUAUGCAAAAUUUGUGAGCGGGGAAGAAAUCGUCUCUGC